AUUGUAUUUUAUAUCAUUUGAAGGCAUACAGUGGCCUCCCCACUUUCCCUCCCCACGAACGAGUCAUUGAUUCAGUCACUCACUCACUAGGGUUUCAAGAAUCAAAUCAGUCGCCCCCAGGACGAUCUCAGAUUUAAGGGUUUAGCAGUUGUGUGGUUGCUUGUGCUGUGUAUUACUGAAGCAUGAAUCAGAGAAAACUUGAGGAGAGUGGUCAGAAUGUGUUGGGUUUUAAGUGUAAAGAGAUUAUAAAUGGGGAAGAGAAAGGUGCCUAUGUGCAAAACCAAGGGAAUGCUGGAAGCCAGGGUUUUGAAAUGAAGAUUGCGGCUCCAACACCAGAGAAAACAAGUGAGCCUUCACGUACUAAAGUCAAAGAGGGAGGAAUUAAACAUCUAGAAAAAUAUAAUGCCAUGGUAGAGCUCUUUGAUUCUAUGACUUGUUCAUUGAGGUUGCUUAGCCUGCACAAAAAAUCACCAACUUUUCAAAAUAUUUCAACUCAGGUGGAAGUGUUAACAAAAAGAACGAUCUUAUUGAAGCAUCUUGGACAGAUAAAGUACAUACUUCCUGAAGCCAUACAAAUAGAUAAUAUCAUUGUGCAUGACAAGAAAACUCUGUGCAUGAAGCCAGCUAUGAAAAUAUCGUUGCUAUUUGAUGUCGUAGAAGGCCACUCUGAACACUCAGAUUUUAUGGCUCUGCGUCAAGCUUUUGCUUCUAGGCUUAUGAAUUAUUUUACUUCACAUCCUGAGGCUGAUGACAUUCCUGAGACUAUAUUGCCAGAGCCAUUCAGUCAAAGAAGUCUGGCUUCUUUCGAGAACAAGGAUGCUGAAGUUUCAGAGGAACUUGAGUCAAUCUGUGGAAAAAGUCAGACCACUACUCUGGGGCAGUUCCCUGUUGAUUCUUCAGAAUCUCUGCCGAAUUCUAUUGGGACUGAGAUGUUGUCAAUGCCAUAUCUUCUACAUCCAUCUUUCUGCAGACAUUUCUCCCGGAAUAGUGUUGCUGCAGAGACAGAAAAGGACAACAUUUCAACAUCAUCUGCGUUUCUGUCUUCCGCUUCAUCUGAUUAUCUGAAUAAUCAGUUAGUUAGAACUCGGCAAUCAGAAGAAUGCCUGGUUGAUCAUCAGACCAAUGGAGAAGCCAAAAGCAAUCAACAGAAGUUGCCUAUUAACUCUUCCAAAUCCUCAAUUGUUAAUCCUCCAUUCCAGCCGAUAAGUCCUCAAUCCUCAGUUGCUUCUGAUGCUUUUGAAAGCCCACAGCAGAAGCUUGCCUUGCCCUUUGAUAGUUUGAUAAUAGAAACACCUGGACAAGUGACACCAAAGAGAUCAAUGCCCGGUUGUAAUGACAAGCUAAAGGCAACAACCACCCAAGAUUUCAAAUCUCAUUGUAAGCCUGCAAAAAGGUCUUUAGACUUUUCAUAUUUAGAAGUUGAGAGAAGUGUACUGUACUCUGCUGGGGUAUCGACAUAUGACUACAAUGAUUUAAAUUAUGGCAACCCUGAAGCUCUAGAAGUAGAAACAAAAGAAUUUAUUAAGGAAGGUUGUGUCAUUGGUUCGCCCAAAGUACUUGAAAAGGUAAAGGGGGGUCUUUGCGAAGCUGGGGAUUACAAAUUGAGUCAAACAGGUUUAGCAGAAGACCAGCAAAUAUCUGAUUGUCUGGCUGACCUGAUUGCCUUGAUUGACCACAUCUUUCAGUCAGUCAACUGCUCUUCAAUCACAAAACAGGAGCUUGUACACAAGAUAAUUAUGAAUAAUUUGGAUAUCAUGGAGAGAAGAGAGGUUGAAGAGCAAAUUGAGCAUCUUGAGAAAUUGGUUCCAGACUGGAUUUGUGGGAAGCAGGCACCAGGUGGAGAUAUCAUGUACAGCAUCAAGAAAGUUUCAGAUUUGGCAUCAGUUCAGGCAAGGCUUUAUUAGUUGGGCCGCUCAGCAUCUUCUCUGCAGUGGCUCAAACAUAUAUGGUAUGGGACUCUUUGCAGGGCCAUGUACAGAUGAAGGAGGUACGUGGCCACUCUGCCUGACAAAAAAAUUAUUUAUGUACGCAUCGUAUUCUUAAUGUACAAUCUCGUUCACUACUUUUUGGGCCUUGAGAUCCCUAUUAACUACUACACUAAUUUUGUGUGUGGCAUUUUCUUACACAAAUACAGUUUAAUCCUUUUAAUUAUAUACCAUGCAAGGGGUAUUUAGGAGUAA